AUGACACAGCAGCAAAGACGCCGCUGCUUGCUAUAUAACAGCCGACUCAACAUCCAGUCACCACACGACUUCACACCCUGUAGAAGUUUCAGUGUCACUUGGUUUACUAACAUCGUCAUCAUGAAGCUGUUGAUGCUGCUGGCGCUCGCCACCGCCAUGGUGGCCGUUCAGGCUUCCAGGGAGAGGGGUGAAUGCCAUGAACUGAUGCACGAUGUGAUGCACAAGGAAAACAUGACGGAAAUCAUAGGAACCUGUAUGGAGGAAAAUGGAAUCGUCCCUGACCUGGGAGGCCAUGGACAUGGUCGAGGACCCGGUGGCCGCAGAGGAGGUCGCACAGGAGGGCGCAGAGGAAAGAGAAGUCGUCAUAUGAUGCGCUUCAUUUCAAGUCUUCCUGAAGGAAAUCAAACAGCCCUGGCCGAGUGCAUCUUCGAAAAGGAAGGUCUUCUCACAGACGAAGGUUUGUUCGAUGCGACGACGUUCAAAGACGACUUGAUCGCCAAGUUGGAAGCAGCAGACCAAACUACAGAAGCAGAAGCUAUGCUGGCUGCCAUUGAGGACGGAGACUGUGUGCUCGAAGAGGGCGAACCUAGCUUGAUGGUGCUCUUCGAGUUCAUAAAAUGUAUCAAGGACGCGUGUGAAGGCGAAGGUGAAGAAGUAUAACAAAAGACACGGAAAGAGGAAAGCAACACACCGAAAAUCCUUUGGACUUGUUAUCGAAUCUUUUUUUUCGCUCCUUUCAAACUGAUAAAUGAUCUUGUAAAUGCUGAUUCGAUUCAGAAUGUUUCAAAUCUAAAACCUAAUCACAAAUCCACCUUUAUUUUGCACAUCUCUUUCUAAUAAACCCUUAGAAUUCA